GCUCGCCUGCGGCCCGGCGCCGACUCCCGACCCCGGCGCCCGGCCGCCCGCAGCCCUCCCGCCUGCCCGGAGGCGGUGCAGGGCUCGCCGGGGGAUGUCACAGCGGCUCCUCGGAGCCCCCAGCCGUCGCCGCCGCCGCACAGCCGUCGCCCCCGGGAGCCGCGACAAUGAACCCCCAGUGCGCCCGCUGCGGAAAAGUCGUGUAUCCCACGGAGAAAGUCAACUGUCUGGAUAAGUAUUGGCAUAAAGGAUGUUUCCAUUGUGAAGUCUGCAAGAUGGCUCUCAACAUGAACAACUACAAAGGCUAUGAAAAGAAGCCCUAUUGUAAUGCACACUACCCAAAGCAGCCCUUCACUACGGUGGCAGAUACACCUGAAAAUCUUCGCCUGAAGCAGCAAAGUGAAUUGCAGAGUCAGGUCAAGUACAAAAGAGAUUUUGAAGAAAGCAAGGGGAGAGGGUUCAGUUUCGUUACGGACACUCCUGAGCUACAGAGGCUGAAGAGGACUCAGGAACAAAUCAGUAAUGAAAAUACAUUUUAUUCAAUACCAGAGGCUGUUUGCCGAUCCAUCCUUAAUUAUGCAAAAACGUUUAUAACACAGGUUUGUAAGUGGUCCGUUCAGGGUACCUGCAGCAGGAUAGCAAGGCAAGAGCAACACCAACAUCAGACAUCUAAGGGACUCAGUCCAGCCUAUGAAGAUUAUUGACGUGUUUCAUUCUGCCCGUUUACACCCUAAGCUGCACUUUCAAUUAGCUGAGACAGUCUGUGGAUGAAUUGUGAAAUAAAAUGGUGGUGGAGAAAUGUUAUAUGAAGGAGAAGGGGGAAAAAAACCCCUCAGAUGACAGAGUCUUGUAUUUUAUAGACUGAAAUGAUUUUCUUAUACCUUUUGGAACAUACCUACGCUAAGUGCAUACUGAAUGUUAAAGAAAAGCCAGAAAUCUUACAUAUGCAUUUGUGGAGUCCCCAGAUGUGACUAUCGUUAAUAAUUAUGCCACAUCAUUAUAAUUUCAAUGGAUUUUUGGAGAUGUUAUUCAUAUGAUCUUGGCAUCUACACAAAGAAGUAUCUUGAAAAUAAAAUAGAAUAAUUAUGGAGAAGGCCAGUGUGAGACAGAAAAGCACAUUGAUUUUAUCGACAUGGUUGCUGCUCAAGCAUUUUACAUGAUGUUCAGAAAGUCGAUUUUCCUAUGUUGACUGAACAUCCUCCCUACAAGUUUGUUUAUGGCAAAAUUUGCAUAACUACCUUGACUUUUGCAAGCCUUUUCCAGAUCCAAAUUGUCACGAGUUCCCAGUUAGAGGUGAGAUGCAUAGUGAUGUGUGGCUGACGCAUGAAUAGUUGAAGCUUUAUGUGCAAUCAGAAAUAAAUAAAAUUGACAUUUCCUGAACUGCCUCAAAUUGCAGCCUAGCUCAGCAAGGCACAUUCCACCAUUCACUUCAGUUUUGAUACCAAUAGACGUAUCAGGAAGAAAGAUGAAAACUUUAUUGCCGUUAUAGUUGUAUUCUCUCAGAGAAAUAGUGGACAGGACAUUGGGAAGAGAGAAAUGAAUGAAAUGUAUCAGGCCAGUGUGAAAUUACAUUAGUGACUAUUAUAGAGGACAGUAUUUUGCUGGAAGAAUUGUAAGUGCAAUUUUGUGUGUGUCUGUGUGCUGGGAGAGGACAAAAUGGUAGACUUUGGAUUCACAAGCCGAUUUUUAACUUUGUAAAGAGUUUGUCCUCUUAUCAACUCUGUGAUAGGUACAGAUGGAAACCUAUGCUAAACCAGGUGUCUGGUUCCCGUCCGCAAGAGGUUUAUAAUUUAGCGCACUGAAAGCUCGUCUUUUUCACCGUGCGGUCCCUAUCGAUAAAUGAAAGUCUGAACUCGUUUCCCAGUAUAUUUUAUAUUUACUUAUAAAUUACAUACAGAUGCUACUGUAGAUCCAUGAAAUAAUGAAGUUUUCUUUCUUAAAUUUUAAGGGUAAAAAAACUAUCAUCGACAUUCUAGUGACUUUUCCUGCACGUCAGCAGUGCAGGGUGAGUACACCUUGCUUCAGAUGUCAUGGAUCCAUCACUCUAGCGGUGGACUAUAAAACAGUCUCUUGCCUUGAGGAGGUUCCAUAGGGGACACAUUUUAUACCUAAACAAAGUUAGAAGCUUUUAAUCAAGGGAGUAUUUGAAAAUUACAUUGUAUUUGCAAGUUAAAGCUACCCAAGAAAGCUUUCAUAAUAGAACCCUAGAUAUUCCUACAUUUCAAAAUUUUGAUAUUUUAAAUUGAUGGUUUGUUUCUAUUUCCACCCCUCCCACAUUUGUAAUUGUUCCGGUAUAGUUGUAUGUCAGGGUUGUGUAGACUAAGAAGUUGGGAACUCCAGAAGAAACAGUUCUCGCCUACAGUUCUAGAAUUCUGACAUUCAGCAAUCUGUACUCAUCUAACAUUUAGUCAAACUGGAUAACUGGUUAAUCAUCUUAUGAUUCAUCAUGUUCCACUUCUCACCUAGGAAAUAAAAGGCUAGCUAUUUCUGAAACAAGGGAUGACUUAGUUAAUAAAGAUUUACCAUAGAAAGACAGUCUUUUAUGUCUUACUCUACUGUCUAACUAAGUGAGAAGGUUAUAACAUUUAGAGAUGAGUUUUAACAAUUACUUUUUCAAUAGAAUGUUCAUUUACUAUCUGGAUGUAAAUAUGUUCUGUUAGCUUGCAGAUCUGAUUUAAAACAUCAGCCUUAAAAACUUCAAAGCCUGGUGCCUUGUAUAUUUAAAUGUCUAAAAAGUAUUGUUGGUGAAAUAUUAUUGUAAUGAUAGGCUCAUUUAUUUCCAUUCAUUUAGAUUCCUGCUCUAUGCUAUGA